UUUAUUGGUGUGGAGUGCGUGUUGUUUCAAGACGGCGACUGAGGUAUUCUUCAUGCGUCACAAGGUAACAUCUGUUUGCAUUGGCUACCCCCGCAAAUUCACCUCCCAUCUCCGAGCUUUACCCCUAUUUUUUUUUUACCAGUAGCAACAGCAGGCGUCUCAGUCAUCAGUUGCCAGAUCGCAGCCCGCUCUUUCUGGAAUAUAUUACCUGGCGUUUUCUACUAGUAUUUUUUUUCUUUAAUCCUUCGCCUGCUACGUAUUCUUCCUUAGUGACAUCAGCCCUAAGCGUGGCACGUUGAAUGACAUCAGCAAAUACUUUAGACAUGACGACGAUUCUAUGUUAGUGUGUCUGCAUGUCAGGCACUGUCUAGCCAGGGAAUGCUAGGCUGUGAGAUAUCAUGGAUAUAAACAUCUGAAGUUUUAAUUUGAAUUUUAUUAGAAUGCAACCAUCAAGAACGCCAACUCUUGAUCAAAUGGGAGGCUCGGAGCAGUCCGAAAUCGACGACAACGGACAAGGCCCCCACAUCGUCAGUGCCCCUCUAGACCUCAGCUUAACACAGCCGUACGAUAUGGCUAGCACACGUCAUGGCUGGUCCUUGACAGCGGCUGUGACAUCUCCUCCAAACAGCAGCAACAACUUUACUUCGCCCAUACAUUCGAGACACAACUUGCCUCCCUUAGCCCUACAUUCGGAGACUAUAUCUUCAAACAUCUCGACAGCCCAAAACAUAAGCAACCAGUCACCAGAAAGCCAAACACACGAGGUAACACACGAGGUAACUGAGCAGCCUGUAAACAGUGGAAACCCUGAGGACUUUCAAAAUGGUGUUCAGAAUUCCGGAAGUAAACCAGAAAGCAACAAAGACAUUGAUGAUAAAGGUUUUUAUCAAGAAUAUGAUGAAAACAUGAACAUAAUUAGUUUCUUGAAUAACAACGCUUCUUGCACGCCUGAGUAUCAGCAAGAUCAGAAUGAAAUCUUCCAAGAUAGAGAUCUAUCUCAAAUACAUUUUGACAGAUGUUUAACUCUCCAGCGUUCAAGUGAUUGUUUUGAUGAUACAUGCAUUGGCACGUCGAAAAUACUGAUAGGAUGUGAAUCACCAAAAGUUGUCACCUCAUCAAGUCAUUGUGAUCAUGUUUUUGUUACGUGGCAGCAAAAUCAUAGAGAUGUCUCAAAUUUUACAUUCAGCUGCUUAGCCCCUCCCAUAUGGACAUCUUUAGCACUGAGGGACAAUGUUUCAAUGGUUACGAGUAUGGUCAACCCUGUGCCUCGAGUGCCGGUGAUAAGAAAUGGUAUUACGAUAAACCCUGACAAUAUGUUUGAGCCUAUCAGAGAUCGCAGUAGCGAGGAUCUGCGCGGGAGCUCCAGGUGUAGGUCUCGUAGUUCUGAAGAUGCCUUCUCUUUUGAGUCGCGGCGGACGAGCGUGGACCUAUCUACCAGAAGCAGCGCGCUGGACUAUUGCGACGAGUGCCGCCUCUUAGACGCGAGUGAUGAGGACGAACUUGUGGAUGUUGGCCUUUGCCCCGCUUGCCACUACAGAUACUCUCCAAUGCUGAGCGACUUGGAGAGCUUUCUCGCCAUGCUGCCUUCGUUUGGUGAUCGUAUGGACUCUCCUCUCAUAGAAGAUCUGAUGCAGCAUCAAGACUAUAUGGGCGGAGAAGGACAAAGAGAGACAAUCAGACCUAGUAACCCAGUAGCUGAGUCGCUCAGACACGGAGGUAGUGAGCAUUUUCUGCCUCUAGACAUAGACUAUGUACUUCAAGACGCAGUACUGUAAGUCACGAGAUAGAUUCAACAUAAGCCUGCCAGUGUACGAAAACCACUUAUCUUUGAAGCCAAACUAAUCAAGUCAGUAUUAUAAAUAAUCAGCAGGGAAAAAAAACCCAUCAGCCUAUGAAGCUAGAAACUGUUACUGAUCUGCUUGUUCAAGACUUGCACUGCCAACAAAUACAUCUCUUAGGUUACAUGAUGCCAGCAUUAAUAUAUAGGCCUAAUCAAUGAUUACUGUGCAAUAAUUGAAGUCUGAAACUAGGAGAUACACGAUUUAUAUUAAAUUACAAUUUUUUUUUUUUAAUUUAAAAGCAAAACAAGAAAAUAUAUUGUUCUUUUCAGUUUAGUAGAGACAUUAGCACAGAAGUGCAAAGGCAUUUUUCAUGAAAUGAAGACUAUUGUAGCCAUGAUUACAGUCUAACCACUUGAAAUGUCUUCUUGAUUUUGUUGCAGACCCCUCUUAAUUUAAUAAAAAAAAACUGCUAACUAUAUCUUUUACUUAAUCAAUACUCAAAUAUAAAUAUAACAGUUAAAUGAAUUGUUUGUUUGUUUUACAUGUUUUGGAUGUUCCUUCAGAUUCUGAAAAUAAUUACAUCCUACUUUAACCUCCAGCAGCGGUGAGGGCUCAAACCUGGGACCUUCGAGAACCCCGAACAAAAGCCCAGAGCACAUACCACACGACAACGUAGGUUAAAGGUUUUCAUAUUAUCUUAUUACAAUCCAACAUGAAGCAAGGAACAAUUUUUUUUUAUGUUGAUCUUGUAAAUGAUAUUAGAUUUCAAAUUGAGAUUCUAAUGUUUUCUUCAGUUGUGUUUUUUUUUUUUUUUAUUGUCCUUCAAGUUUUAAAAUGUUCUUUUCAUAUACAAAUGUCUUUGACUUGUUCAAGUUUGGUAAAUUUUAUCCACAUUUGAAUUAUUUCAAGUUGUAGUGUUCAAAGUUCCAAGCUCUCCAGAAUGAACUGUAGUUUGGAAGAAAAUUGCAAUACACACAUCAGAAUAUUAAAGUUAGUUUUAUUGCAUAUGUUUAGUUCACACUAAGUUUAGUUCACACUAUGUACUGUGAAUAUAAACUAACAAAGUUAUAUUCUACUUUAAAAAAAAAUAACAAUAACUCAAAAGUAUCAGAUUUCUCUAUUUGCCUUUUAAGAGAAAUAAUAGGUUCCUGUUAAGUAGGCCUAAGUUACACUAACAAUGCAGAGCUGUUAAGUUUUAACUUUACUUUGAGAUGUUAAUGACAAAGGGAGCAAAACAAAUAUGAUGUAAAAGAUAUGAUCAAGCUGAUCUAACCUGCACACUUGUGCAUAUAAUUGUUUUGUUCCUUGGCUAUUAUGUCUGUCUGUCUUGUCUAAAUACUCCUCAAUAUGAAAUUCUUUUCUAGUAAACUUUUCUUCAGUUUUAAGACAUUUAAGUAUUUAAAUGUGAUGUACAUCUGUGAAAUAAUAUAUUAAUUUUUGGAUCUAGAUUUUGUCAAAAGAAAAUGAUCUCUCAGGUUCAUGGUCAGGUUGUGUGAAGUAAACACUAAAAAGGUCAAGGGUUAAUUUUUGAUAAAAUAUAGAUCUGGGUCUAGAAACUUUUAAAGUAAGGCAGAAUGGUCUAAAAUAAUUAGAAACCAAAAGCAAAUUAUCUUUAAUCUUGCAUUUUGAAAGUUGUAAAGUUGACCUAAAUCUAAUUUGUAAUUUGAGAGUCUUGGACAAUCAAAAGUUGUUACUAUUUUUAACACCUGUAUACUUAGCUACAACCUAACACAUGGCAUGAAUGUUUGUUGUUUGUCAAAGAAGAAAAUUAAAUGUUAAGCCUCUUAUUAUGUAAUAUGCAAUGUUCACAAUACCAAUGUUAUCAUCCAUCAUGUUUUAGUGUCCCAGUGCUAUUAGAGUGAACGUUUCUAAACGUACAGUUUGCGUUUUUUUAAGCUGUGAUUAGAAUGAAUGACCACUGUAUUCUUGACUUGAUUAACCACUGUCUCAUUUACAUUAUUUAUAGAAUGCAAUAUACUAUGUUUAACAGUAUUAUGAUGAAAAAAAAUGUUGAAAUUAUGUGCAAUGUGAAUGAAUUGGAGUUAUAUCUCUGUGUUAUACUGCCCAGCCUUUGUACACACGAAAACCUACCAAGUAUUUUUUUUUUUUGACCCUAGUUUGUCUAGGACUUCAUCUCAAUGAACGAAUCCUAAUUGUCUUUCAAUUGUAAAACAAUUUUUCUUUUACAUUGUUCAAGUAUAUCUAUCUAUCUAAAGUGGGACUGAUGUUCUAUAAUCAUAUUGUACAGCUGCAGCUGAUUUAUGAUGUCAAUGUCUGUGCAACUAACUAGUUAGAGAUGGUGUGAUCAUGGUUAAUGGUUGCUUCUGACAUAAUUAAAAUCAUUUUUAUAUUUCA